GUUGAUUGACAGUCAAGUCUUGGUCAAGUCAACAUAAAAUUUAAAAGUUUUAUCCAUAUUUUCAUAAUAGUGUAUUUUAUUUAUCGUAAUGGAAGCAGACUAUAUACACGAAGCUCUUAAGCCGAUUUCAUGGCUCGCCGGCCGCUGGUAUACUGUGACUGGCCGUGGUUCUUAUCCAAAUGUACGAGAAUUUGGAUACCAUGAAGAAUUAGAAUUUAUUUGCCUUGGUCAACCUAUGUUCAACUUUCUAUCAAUAUCCCAUCAUCCAGAGAAGGGCACAGCGAUGCAUCAGGAGCGAGGUUUCCUGCGUAUACUCCCCGAAAAAGAGAAAGUUGCUCUUGUAGUGAGUCAUAACAUUGGCCUUACUACUAUUGAAGAGGGCCACUAUGAUUCUAAUCUGAAGGAAAUCAAGUUAGCCUCAGUCAGUAUAGCACGGACAUCAUUUUCUAAGCCUCCACAUGUUACAAAUUUAUUAAGAGAAUUUGUUUUACUAUCACCUGAUACUUUGCAAGUGACUGUAUUUAUGAAGACUGAUAAAAAACCUCUAAGUCAACAUUUAAAGGCUGUUUAUAAGAAAGUAGAAUAAGUAGUGAAAUUUACUCUAUGGACACAACUUUAUGAUGUUUCUCACAAAUACGUUAUUUCGAAUUUUAACUGAAAUUAUACUAGUCUGUAUAUAAAAAAAAACUUCUGACCAUAGAGAUAUUUCUGUUUGCAUAUUUGCUCUGCAUACAUUUAAACGGUACAACCAAUUUUGAUGGGACAUUUUUUUCAUAGAUCUCAUGAUCUACCAAGUUGUCAGUUUAUAAUAUUAACUAGACUCCCGACUAAAUUAACAGUAAUUUCUCAAGAGUCUAUUGUACUGUAAAAUCUUAAUCAUAGUAUUUUUCUUUUGUAUUAUUCAUGGUUAAUUUAUAAGCACGUCAUUUGUAGUUUCUUUUUUAGAACAUGUCUGAUAUUUAGAAUCACAAGAUUUACAGCUUGAAUAUUUUAAAGGUAAAUUAUAUCUAGAUUUUUAACGGCAACUAUAAGCAUAACUCUAUUCAAUACAAAGUAAUUAUUAAGUACAGUUGAACCUAGAUAAGAAUCAUUGUUCCGUCUUAACGGAUGACUGCCAUAAGCAAGAAACUCGGGUUAGAGUGUAACUAUAGAUUGGAAAUAUAUAGCAGGCUUUGGAUUCUCACUUAUAUAAGUUCAACUGUAUUAAAUCCAGGUCAAAUAUAUGGUGGCUACAAUAAUUAAAAUAUUUUAUUUAAUAUGUAAAAAAAUGUAAUAGUGAUAUUGUUAAGUUUUAUAGUUUAUAUAAGAAUUAAAUAUUUGAACAAAGAUUUUUAAUACUGUAAUUCCCCAUAAACCCAUCCUACUUCCGUUAGCUUGAUAAACAGGCGUGCUGGAAAUUUUUGGAUGUUAGAAGGUAUCUC